AUGAAUUUUCAUGGCGAUCUUACACCAGAUUUAAUAAACUUAAUUAUGCUUUGUGAUAAAAAUCCAGAGCUGGCAAAUGAUAUUGUAAACAACACAACAAGAUAUCCCAUACUUUAUAAGAAAGCUUUGGACGGAAUACCUACGAGUAUUAUCAUUACAAAGCCAUUAUCCUGCAAAGAGUUGAACAGAAUGGUAAAGGUUACAGGAAGCAUUAUCAAAACGUAUCCCAUAUUCUUUAAAAAUGUUACAAGUGAACAAAUAUGUCUGAAAUGUAGGGCAACAUCUUAUCUUUCCGAACAUGAAGCAUCAAAACUUAGGGGGAAUUUAUUUUGCCAGUCUUGUGGAUCAAGUAAUUUAAAAACAUCCCAAAAUUUUCAACAUUCCUUUCCAAUUCAAACUAUCAAAAUACAAGACAUGAGCAAUUCUGAUGCAAUGUCAGAGACUAUUGAAGUAAAUAUAGAAGGUGAAAAAGUAGGAGUGUUUCAACAUGGAGAUAAAAUUUCUGUUACUGGGACUGUUUUAAGGAAAUGGAAGUCGCUAAGGCCAAAUGAGUCAAUGCUUUCUACAUUAUUCAUUAAGGCUAUACAAAUAAUUAAAGAUAAUGACGAAGAAAACGAGUAUUCUGAGGUAAAAUGUCUAAUCGAUGAUUAUUGUUCAAAAAAUAGAUUUGAAAAAAGGUCCUUUAUUAUCAACUCAUUUUGCCCAGAACUUUGCGGACUGUAUAAUGUUAAGCUUGGAUUUUUACUUGCGUUAAUUGGAGGUGCCGUGGGGAAUAAGGAUCCCGGUGCAUCACGUCUUAAUUCGCAUGUUCUCAUAGUUGGUGAUCCAGGAACUGGAAAGUCACAUCUACUAAAAGCUACAUCUAAGCUUGUAUCUCCCUCUAUCUUUACAAAUGGCGUUGGGACCUCGGAUGCAGGACUCACAAGCUGUGCAGUCAGGUAUGAAAAAGAAUGGACACUUGAAGCAGGUGCCUUAGUUCUUGCUGAUACUGGGAUAUGCUGUAUUGAUGAAUUUAAUAGAUUAAAAAUAAGUGAAAAGAGUGGUCUUUUGGAAGCAAUGGAGCAGCAAACACUGAGUGUAGCUAAAGCUGGAAUGGUUACCACUUUGAAUUCACGGUGUUCUGUAUUUGCAGCAGCAGGCAUAAGAUAUAAUUAUGAUUCCAAAAGGUCUAUUUGUGAUAAUCUUGAAAUGGCAUCUCCAUUGGUAAGCAGGUUUGACUUAAUAUUUGGAAUUUUUGAUAAAUCAAACAAAGACAAGGACGCUGAAGUCUGUAAUUAUGUUUUAAGCAGAGAAUCACCAGUAAAGCUACCAGAGCAGAUUAGAUGGUCACAGACGACUCUUAGAACCUUUAUUUCUCAGUGUCGUAAAAAGAAAAACAAUAUUACCGAGCCGACCUGCGAUAUUUUACUGAAAUAUUAUACUAAAAAGAGAACACUAGAAGGAGUAAAUGAGUUCAAUACGAUAAGAAUGCUUGAAAGCUUGGUAAGGCUAACAGAGGCACAUUCAAAACUUAUGGGCAUGGAUGACGUAACAGAGGAGGAUUCAUUUAUAGCAUUAAUUCUGAUGGAGACCAGCAUUAAUUCUGCAUCUAGCAUUGCAAUUGAUGUCGAAAAGGUCUUUGUUGAUCAAAGCUAUUUUGAAAAAAUACGUGGUCUCAUAUGUACAAAAUAUGGAAUUGAUUUCAAAGAACAAACGAUCUAA